AUGGCUCCAACAUUCUCCUCCCGCCUCGGCCUGGCAGCCACUACCCUCUUCUUCCUCGGUCUCACAACCGCCCAGCGCCAGAUCGGACCGGUCGAGAACCACCCGCCUCUGACGACGUGGCGCUGCACCAAGGCCGGCGGCUGCACCGAGGUCAACAACUUCGUCGUGCUAGACUCCCUCGCCCACAAUGUCUACCAGGAGGCCAACGGCGCGUCCUGCGGCUCUUGGGGCAACCCGCCCAACGCGACGGCGUGCCCGACCAAGGAGGCCUGCGCCGAGAACUGCGUCCAGGAGGGCCUCGACGACUACAGCCGCGUCGGCGUCUCCACGGACGGCGGCGCCAUGACCAUGUACCAGCUCCGCAACGGCGCCCAAGUCUCCCCGCGCGUCUACCUCCUCGACCCGUCCAAGGAGAGGUACGAGAUGAUGCACCUGACAGGCAAGGAGUUCACCUUUGACGUCGACGUCUCGCGGCUGCCGUGCGGCAUGAACAGCGCGCUGUACACCUCCGAGAUGGAGGCUGAUGGCGGCAAGAGUGAGCUCAACAAGGGCGGCGCGCGCCACGGCACCGGCUACUGUGACGCGCAGUGCUACACCACGCCCUUCAUCAAUGGCGAGGCCAACAUCGAGGGUUACGGGUCGUGCUGUAAUGAGAUGGAUAUCUGGGAGGCCAACUCCCGCGCGGUCCACGUGGCGCCGCACCCGUGCAAUCAGACGGGCGUCUACCUCUGCGAGGGUGAGGAGUGCGCCUUCGAGGGCGUCUGCGACAAGAACGGCUGCGCCUGGAACCCGUAUCGCGUCAACACCCCGGGCACCUACGGCCGCGGCCCGGAGUUCAAAGUCGACACGACGCGGCCCUUCACCGUCAUCACGCAGUUCCCGGCCGACGCUGCGGGCGUCCUGACCGAGAUCCACCGGCUCUACAUCCAGGACGGCCGCCUCGUCCGCAGCGAGGUCGUCAACAACCCGGACCUGCCGCAGGUCAACUACCUCAACGACGAGUUCUGCGAGGCGACGGGCUCCCGGCGCUUCAUGGACCUCGGCGCGCACCGCGAGAUGGGCGAGUCCUUCAACCGGGGCGUGGUGCUCGCCUUCAGCAUCUGGUGGGACGCCGGCGGCGGCAUGCGCUGGCUGGACGGCGCGCCCGAGGCCGGGCCGUGCGACGCCACCGAGGGCUUCCCCGAGAACGUCGUCAAGGUCGAGCCGAACCCCGUCGUGACCUUCAGCAACAUCAAGUGGGGGGAGCUCGGUUCAACCUUCAAGCCGACGUGCAAGAACAAGCCGAGGAACCUUUGA